UAUUUGGAUACGAUCGAAUAUAUGCAACAAAACGUUUGCAACCAUGUCUAGUGUAUCAUCAGAAUGUUUCAUCAAAAUCAAAGGCAUUAGCAUUGUGUUGUUAUUAUUAUUAUCGGUUACUCGUGGAGAAGUUUCUGCAAAUUCAAAUUAUGCAGACGCUCUCACAAAGAGUCUUUUGUAUUUCGAAGCUCAACGCUCUGGAAAAUUGCCAUCGAACCAAAGAGUUACUUGGAGAGGAGAUUCUGCACUCAGAGACGGUGCUGAUGCUCAUAUUAAUCUCGCUGGAGGGUAUUACGAUGCCGGAGACAAUGUGAAGUUUGGAUUUCCUUUGGCGUUCACGACGACCAUGCUAGCUUGGAGCAGUGUAGAGAUGGAAUCGCAGCUUAAAGCCCGCAAGGAGCACCAAAACGCCCUCGCGGCUCUCAAGUGGGCCACCGACUAUCUCAUUAAAGCCCAUCCUCAGCCUAAUGUCCUGUACGGACAAGUGGGCGAUGGUGCCUCGGACCACGCGUGUUGGAUGAGACCCGAGGAUAUGACCACUCCACGUACUUCAUAUCGCAUUGAUGCUCAACAUCCAGGUGCUGAUCUGGCGGGCGAGACAGCAGCAGCGAUGGCCGCAGCCUCAUUGGCUUUUGCCUCGUCUAAUUCAGUUUAUGCCAAAACACUCAUUUAUCACGCAAAAGAUCUGUUCAAAUUCGCUAAAGCUUACCCCGGGGUCUACCAUAGCUCUAUUCCUAAGGCGGCUGGCUUUUACACAAGCAGCGGCUAUCAAGACGAGUUGUUGUGGGCUGCGGCUUGGCUUCACCGGGCCACUGGAGAACAGACAUACCUCGAUUAUUUAUUACAUGCUUCUAGUAGCGGUGGUGUGAGCUCCAUAUUUUCGUGGGACAAUAAGUUCUUGGGAGCACAAGUCUUGGCAGCCAAGCUUGUUUUGGAAGGGAAAGUGAAGAACGUAGGGAAGAUGGCUGAGUACAAGAGUAUGGCGGAGCAAUUUAUCUGCAAUUGCGCUCAAAAGGGUUCCAACAACAUUAAGAAGACUCGAGGAGGUUUGCUCUGGUUCUUGCCAUGGGAUAACCUCCAAUACACAACCACCGCUUCUUUCGUCUUAGCCACUUAUGCAAAAUACCUUGACGCCGCACAUACAUCGGUCCGAUGCCCCCGUGGCUUCCUUCAAGCUUCUGAUCUUCGUAACCUCGCUCGGGCCCAGGUUGACUACAUACUUGGGUCAAACCCCAAGAAGAUGAGCUACAUGGUUGGAUACGGCACCAGUUAUCCUAAAAGACCACACCAUAGAGGAGCCUCCAUAGUGUCAAUCAAGAUGGAUCAUAGACCGGUGACAUGCAAAGGAGGGUAUGGAACUUGGUUCAACAAUCCCAAACCGAAUCCUAAUGUUUUGGUUGGAGCAAUUGUAGGUGGACCGGACGAGAACGAUGCUUAUGGAGAUAACCGGUCUGAUCCUCAGCACGGUGAGCCUGAUACAGUCACGGUUGCUCCUUUGGUUGGUGUUUUGGCUGCAAUCGCAUGACCUUAGUUAUAUCUCUAUUUGUUUCUACCUAAAAAUGUAUGACUGUCUUUGAACUUCAUUUUCCUAAGACGCUCUAGCAACUAACGUUUUAGGUCUAAGGGUAGAAAAACAAAUUUUGAUAUGUUAUAAUAACUUGAUGUAUUGUCAAAAAAAAAAAAUAACUUGAUGUAAUGGAACUUUCGAAACUAGUGAUUUCGGUUCAGUUAAGUUCUGGUUAUAAGUGUUUAGUUUGGUUCUCAUGGAAGUUGUUAAACUCUCUG